AUGAAGCUGCGAUUCCGAAAAUCCCCCCUCCUACUUCUCCUCCCUUCGCUUGCAGCCACCGCUGUUGUAGCACUGUCACCCGCCGAGAGACAGCUUGAGAGAGAUGCCGUUGCGACAGGCGCGCGCGGGUCGGAACCAGCCACCGACAGCACGUCGGGCGCGAAGAAGUACGGUACCAAGGAUGCGCCUGUCGAUGGCAUAGACGGGAAGCCGCACACAGGUCCUUUCGUCGAGAUUGAGACGACGGCCUCCGACCCAAAGGAACUGCCAGUCUUGAAAGACCGCCCAGCAGACCCCACUAUUAUGGAUGGCAAGAAAAUACCAGAAUCCAACGACGGUGUCAUGUUCGAUAAAAACAGGCCAGAACCGAAGGAGGGCACUACGGGAACCGGAGGCGGCGUGAGCGAGAAGGACAAGGAGCGCAAGACGAAGGAGAGCCAGACGGGUGCCAAAGUUGAGAACAAGCCUCAGACGCCCAAAGAAGCACGCCCACUUCCGCAUUCCGACGAAGAGAAGAUUAUGCGUGAUAAGGAGGCCAAGAUAGGCAGCAAAUUGUCCGAAGAUUCGAAAGGUCUAGAGAAGCCGACAAACCUUCCUGAAAAGACCCAUGAUAAGGCCCUUCCGCUCCCUGAUUCGGUAGCAAGCAUAGAUCAUCUCGACAUGUCCAAAGGGGGGCCCACUGGGAAGAAUUCCAAGAUCUCGGAUGAUGGCACCGAAGGCCUCAUUCAGCCUUUCCAUUCCUUCAUCCUCUCGCUCACCAUGAUCCUCUUUUCCGAAGUUGGCGACAAGACGUUCCUCGUCGCCGCCCUAAUGGCUAUGAAGCAUGACCGCAUGGUUGUCUUCUCGGCCGCUUUUAGCGCCCUGAUUACAAUGACUGUGCUCUCGGCCAUCCUUGGGCAUGCCGUGCCUACCCUAAUUCCGAAGCGCCUUACCAACUUCCUAGCUGCUGGCUUGUUCCUAAUCUUCGGAGGUCGCCUACUCCGCGAGGGCCUCGCCAUGAGCCCAGAUGAGGGUGUUUCGGCUGAAAUGCAGGAAGUCGAGUUAGAGCUGGAGGAGAAAGAGAACCUCGCCCGGAAGCAAGGGCGAAGGAGAUCUAGCGUCUCGCCAUACACUCUGGAAAUGGGUCUUGGGAACCGCAAGUCCCGGUCCAAAUCUCGGUUUCCGACGCCACCCCGUAGCCCUUCGAGCUCUCCCGAUGGCCGAACCCCGUCGCCUCGUCGAGGCACCAUUGUUGGCUUUUUCGCGGGACUGAACAACCUCCUCUCGCUGCUCCUUAGCCCCGCUUGGGUUCAGACCUUUGUCAUGACAUUCCUAGGAGAAUGGGGUGAUCGCAGUCAGAUUGCCACGAUUGCUAUGGCCGCGGGCCAGGACUAUUGGUGGGUCACUUUGGGUGCUGUUUUGGGCCAUGGCUGCUGUACAGGCGUUGCAGUUGUUGGAGGAAGAGCAAUUGCAGGGAAAGUCAGUCUCAAAGUUGUGACUGUCGGUGGCGCUGUCGCAUUUCUUGUGUUCGGCUUCAUCUAUCUUGUUGAAGCAUUCUACUCGUAA